AUGGGAAAAUUAAAAAGCUAUAUUUCAGUACUUGCUGUGACAUUUGUAUUGGUGAUAGGAGUAGCUGAAUGCAGAAAAAUAAAAGAAAAUGAGUUAGUUGACAGUUUUGGAGGAGGUGGAUUAGGUGGUGGUGGCGGUGGAGGUUUUGGUGGAGGAGCUGGUGCAGGAGGAGGGGUUGGAGGCGGACAUGGUGGCGGCAUUGGAGGAGGAAUAGGUGGAGGUGGUGGUGGUGCAGGUGGGGGUUUUGGAGGUGGUAAAGGUGGUGGUAUAGGAGGAGGAAUUGGAGGUGGACAUGGUGGUGGAGUAGGAGGAGGAGUUGGUGGUGGCGGAGGUGCUGGUGGUGGCUUUGGCGGUGGUAAAGGUGGUGGUGUAGGAGGAGGAAUUGGUGGUGGUGGGGGUGCUGGUGGAGGCUUUGGAGGUGGAAAAGGAGGUGGUGUAGGAGGAGGAGUUGGUGGUGGUGGAGGUGCAGGUGGAGGCACUGGUGGUGGUGCUGGUGGUGGGUUUGGAGGUGGUAAAGGUGGUGGUGUUGGAGGAGGAAUUGGUGGUGGUGGUGGUGCUGGUGGAGGCAUUGGAGGUGGUGCUGGUGGAGGUGCCGGUGGUGGUUUUGGAGGUGGUAAAGGUGGAGGUGUAGGAGGAGGAAUUGGUGGUGGUGGAGGCGCAGGUGGAGGCAUUGGAGGUGGUGCUGGUGGAGGUGCCGGUGGUGGUUUUGGAGGUGGUAAAGGUGGAGGUGUAGGAGGAGGAAUUGGUGGUGGUGGAGGCGCAGGUGGAGGCAUUGGAGGUGGUGCUGGUGGAGGUGCCGGUGGUGGUUUUGGAGGUGGUAAAGGUGGAGGUGUAGGAGGAGGAAUUGGUGGUGGUGGAGGCGCAGGAGGAGGCUUUGGAGGUGGACAUGGUGGUGGAGUAGGGGGAGGAAUUGGUGGCGGUGGCGGUAGCGGUGGAGGCGCAGGAGGAGGCUUUGGAGGGGGAGCAGGUGGAGGAGCUGGCGGUGGCUUUGGAGGUGGUGCAGGUGGGGGUGCUGGUGGUGGCGGGGGUUUUUGA